GAAUAAAAUAUACUAUUUAUCUAAGACCUUCAAUUACUCACGCGUAUGUUUAUAACACGUCCGGCUUUUUGAUAAAUAAUAGCAAUUGUAAUCAAUUUUUUUGUUAUCACAGAGAAAGUAAAUAUCUCUUGAAUUAAGCCAACAAAACACUUGACUAUUAAUAGAGAGUAAGAUUAUAUGAACAGUGCCAAACGUCUACUGAAAAUUUCGGAAAUGGUUCAUAAAGUGGUAUUUGUGUUGGGUGGUCCUGGUGCUGGCAAGGGUACCCAAUGCCAGAAGAUAGUAGAUAAUUUUGGCUUUAAACAUUUGUCUGCUGGGGACCUGCUCAGAGAGGAGAGGCAGAAGCCUGGAUCAGAGUAUGGUGAGCUAAUUGAGACCUACAUAAGGGAAGGAAAGAUUGUGCCUGUGGACAUAACAUGCUCUCUGUUGGAGAGGGCUAUGAGGGAAUCUGGAACGGACAAGUUCCUUAUAGAUGGCUUCCCCAGAAACCAAGAUAAUUUAGAUGGCUGGAACAGGCGUGUUGCUGAGAAAGUGAAACUCCUUUUUGUUUUAUUCUUUGAUUGUUCCUUAGAGAUUUGCACUGAUAGAUGUUUAAGCCGCGGAGCUGCAGGCAGCGGUAGAAGUGACGAUAACUUGGAAAGUUUGAAAAAACGCUUUAAUACUUAUGUGAAUGAGACGAAGCCGAUUAUCGAACAUUACGAACAGAUUAACUUGGUGAAACGCGUCGAUGCCAGCAAGACCCAGGAGGACGUUUUCGAAGAUGUGAAAGCCGCUUUUGUAGACAUGGAAUCUGCAGGGGAUAAUUAAAUAAGAUUUAUAAACAUUAAGAAUUUACAAUGAAUUCUAAGUAAAUACUUCUACUCUCUAUAUCUGUUACAAGUAUAUAGGGUUCUGUCUAUAUUUAAAUAUGUUAUUUCGUUAGUUGCAUUCCUUAUUUAAUGAUUUCUUUAUAACAUUCAUUCCAACUUUAUUAAUUGGCAAUAGAAUGUAUCAAUUAUUAUUCUCUUACAUCUAGUCUAAAUGUUUAGGAUCUAAGUGUAAACCCGUGUUAAAGUAAAUAAAUAUUUAAAUAAUU